UGUAGAGAAAAUAAAUGGAUUAAGGGGGACGGAGAGACAAUAAAAGGAGAGAAACAGGGACAGAGAAGAGUGGAAGGAAAACAGGAAAGAAUCAGUGACAGAAAGAGCUUGACAGAAGGAGGAGACCGCAAAAUGUUGCUGUGGACUUUAUACUACAUGCUUUUGGCUGCCCAGGAGUCAGUGUCCGAGAAGGCGCAGUGUUACCAGCAUUUCGACGCUCAGCUUGGGAGUUGUAGCCACCUCCUGGGAGAAGCCGAGGUGGACGCCUGCUGCCUCAACCCGCGCUUCGGCUACAAAGACUCCGAUGGAGUCUGUCAUUCCUGCCGGCCUGCUAAGUGGACAGAAUGGGGCCCGUGGGGGUCCUGCACCGUAUCCUGCCUGGAAGGGGUUCAGCAGCGCAGGCGGUUCUGCUACGGGCUGGGCACCUGCAAGGACACCCAAAAGGAGGGGAGCCUGGAGACCAGGCCCUGCGAGGAGAAGACCUGCUGCCCUAGGCAGGGAGGCUGGGCAGAGUGGGGGCAGUGGCAGCCAUGCUCAGUGACCUGUGGGACUGGGCAAAAGCUGAGGGAGAGAACGUGCUCGUCACCGCCCCCUGUCUGCGGGGGUAGCUGCAGUGGUCAGAGCAGGGAAUAUGCUUCCUGUGACACCGGAAAGGUCUGCCCAGUCCAUGGUGGCUGGUCAGACUGGGGCGCUUGGGGUGCCUGUGACAAAAACUGCACGAGAGAGGGGUCCUCUCCACCCCAACGUCACAGCUUUCGCACCUGUACCAACCCCGCCCCCUCCACCGACCCCCCAGGCCUGCCAUGUCCUGGGUCAGAAAAAAGGUCGGAGCACUGCGUGGGCCUGCCGUACUGUGCCGUGCACGGAGGCUGGGGGCCGUGGGGCGCGUACUCCGAGUGCUCGGUGACCUGCGGCCUAGGACAGAGAGAGAGGACGCGAGCGUGCAACAACCCCGAACCCCGACACGGCGGCCAGCGCUGCACCGGAGACCCCGUCUCCAUCGACAUGUGCAACACGCGUGUCCACUGCCCAGUGGAUGGCGAGUGGUCGGAGUGGAGCGAGUGGUCGGAGUGUAAGAGGGCGGGCAAGGACAUCCGGUGCAAGACGUACUCUCCAGGCCGGCAGAGCAGAGAACGCGUCUGUGAGCACAGGGAAUGGAACGGGACUCACUGCCCAGGGUCCAUCCAAGAAAGCAGGCCCUGCUACGACAUUCAGGGAUGCAAGAUGAAUGGUAACUGGAGUGACUGGGGACCCUGGGGUCUCUGUCAGCCCAACUGUGGACCCCAAGCCCAGAAGACCAGGACCCGAACUUGCGUGUUGGACUAUUCUCAGUACACGACCCUAAAGAUUGGGCCAAACAAGGAGACCGCCCAUUUUGCAGGAAUACCCUUUGCACGAUGUCCGAGAUUGGAAGCAAAGGAGAAGACCAGGAGUGAACCCUGUCUCAAUGUUCCCCCCUGCACUUAACAUGAACCCGGCCCCAACAUCCCCCCUGCAUCCAACCCUAACCCUGCCCCAACAUCCCCCCUGUACCCAACCCUAACUUGGCCCCACCACCCCCCCGCAUCCAACCCUAACCCUGCC